AGCUGUCCCCUGGCCUGGCAGCACUGACGAUGGGCUGUGACUCGGGGAAUCUGGGCCCCCUCUCCCGGGUCCAGCUGCUCCUCUUGGACCGACCAGAGCCUGAGACCUUGCCGAGCCCCUACGGUCAGGAGGAGGAUUUCCCACCACUGGAGGACUGGAUGCAGUACGAUCCAGGACUGACAUCAGCAGGUGCUCUGAGGCCCCUCACAGCUGGCAGCAUCUCUGAAAGGUGUGACUCCGCAGGGAAAGUCCAGGAAAACAAAUCGGACCAAUCUGACGAAGGCUCCGGUUCACCAUCGUCAUGGAUCAUCGACCAGAGUCCAUCGUACAACAUGUUCAGAUCCUCGUGCUCUCCCUGCCCGUCCAACCACAGUUGCAGCACAGUUAAAGGAGGCCCAACCGAGGAGGAGUCGGAUCAUCCAGGAUGGAGGGACCGUGUUGGGUCCUCAGCCGUUCGGAGGAGCCCUGAGAGUCUUGACCACAGAACCGAAGAGACGGAAAGAAAGAUAGAGGAGAGGAGAACAAAGGUGUUGACCAUGCUUUCCAAACUGCAGGACGACGCCCCUCGGCAGAGCGGACGCAACAAGGGUUCCUCCAAUUUUGAGGACUGCCUUUGUGAGAGCGCUGGGGCCGGUGGGUCCCACAAUAAGCAUCCCACACCUAAGGUCAAGGCUGAGGGGCCGGCCCUCGGCAGGGGUCAGUCGGGUCAGAGUUCUCCU